GAAACCAGGUCUCCGAGGAUUGCGCCAGCCGGACCCCGCGGCACCCCGACUCCCCGCGCGACAGGGCUCGGCGGCCGCCGCUUCUCACCCGGUCUUCGCGGCCACGUGGGGAAAGGAGGGGCGCACGGCCGUCACCCAGGGCACCGCCUCUAGCCCUUCCGGCCGCCGUACGCGCGCAGGCGCUGUGGCACCCUCCGUCGGCCUGCCUGAGCCCCGUGAACGGCUCACGAGGUAACUAAGGGCGAUUGCGAACCAAGGUAAAGCCAACUAGGCCACCUGGUGCGCGACGGUGGCAUCUUUGCCUCCCUUUCCGGGAGGCUCACUGUGGUUGCCGCCCCGCUCCCCAGAGGGAAAUUUAUUGCCUCCGGAGCGUCCGCCCAGAAGAAGCGGGCAGCGCGCUUGCGCAGAAGAGCCCGGCAGCGGCGGCCCACGCCUGCGCACCAGGACUCGGCGGCGGCUUGCGCCUGCGCGGCGCGGCGCUGCGGAGACCGUUGGUUCAUUUGCAUGUCCCCGCCUCGCGCGGCGGCGGCGGCGGCGGGGCAAAAUAACAUGGCAGCCAGACGAAUUACACAGGAGACUUUUGAUGCUGUGUUACAAGAAAAAGCCAAACGAUACCACGUGGAUGCCAGUGGUGAGGCUGUAAGCGACACUCUUCAGUUCAAAGCUCAAGAUCUCUUAAGGGCAGUCCCAAGAUCCAGAGCAGAGAUGUAUGAUGACGUCCACAGCGAUGGCAGAUACUCCCUCAGUGGAUCUGUAGCUCACUCUCGAGACGCCGGAAGAGAAGGCCUGAGAAGUGACGUAUUUCCAGGGCCUUCCUUUAGAUCAAACAACCCUUCUAUCAGUGACGACAGCUACUUUCGCAAAGAGUGUGGCCGGGAUCUGGAAUUUUCUCACUCUGAUUCCCGGGAACAGGUCAUUGGACACCGGAAAUUGGGACAUUUCCGUUCUCAGGACUGGAAAUUUACGCUCCGUGGUUCUUGGGAGCAAGACUUUGGCCAGCCGGUUUCUCAAGAGUCCUCUUGGUCACAGGAGUAUAGUUUUGGUCCCUCUGCAGUUCUGGGGGACUUUGGAUCUUCCAGGCUGAUGGAGAAAGAGUGUUUGGAGAAGGAGAGUCGGGACUACGAUGUGGACCAUCCCGGGGAGGCUGACUCCGUGCUCAGGGGCAGCAGUCAAGUCCAGGCCAGAGGCCGAGCUCUAAACAUCGUUGACCAGGAAGGUUCCCUCCUAGGCAAGGGGGAGACUCAGGGCCUGCUCACAGCUAAGGGAGGUGUUGGGAAACUUGUCACCUUGAGAAAUGUGAGCACAAAAAAAAUACCCACCAUGAAUCGUAUUACUCCUAAAACUCAGGGCACUAACCAAAUCCAGAAAACCACUCCAAGUCCUGAUGUGACCCUGGGGACCAACCCAGGGACAGAAGAUAUCCAAUUCCCCAUUCAGAAGAUCCCUCUGGGGCUGGAUCUGAAGAAUCUUCGGCUCCCCAGAAGAAAGAUGAGCUUUGACAUCAUAGAUAAGUCUGAUGUUUUUUCAAGAUUUGGGAUAGAAAUAAUCAAAUGGGCAGGAUUCCACACUAUAAAAGAUGAUAUUAAAUUUUCCCAACUUUUCCAGACUCUCUUUGAACUUGAAACAGAAACCUGUGCUAAAAUGCUCGCCUCAUUCAAAUGUUCCUUAAAACCAGAGCACAGAGAUUUUUGCUUUUUUACUAUCAAAUUUUUAAAGCACUCUGCUUUGAAAACACCCAGAGUUGAUAAUGAGUUUUUAAACAUGCUUUUAGACAAAGGUGCUGUGAAGACCAAAAAUUGCUUUUUUGAAAUCAUAAAGCCCUUUGACAAGUACAUAAUGAGACUUCAAGAUCGGCUUCUGAAGAGUGUCACACCUUUGCUUAUGGCCUGCAAUGCCUAUGAGCUGAGUGUCAAGAUGAAGACUCUCACUAACCCCCUGGACUUGGCUCUUGCCCUGGAAACCACCAAUUCUCUCUGCCGGAAGUCUCUGGCCCUUCUGGGGCAGACAUUUUCCUUGGCCUCUUCUUUCCGGCAAGAGAAAAUCUUAGAAGCUGUCGGCCUCCAAGAUAUAGCUCCCUCUCCUGCUGCAUUUCCAAACUUCGAAGACUCCACUUUGUUUGGUAGAGAGUACAUAGACCACCUGAAGGCCUGGCUGGUCAGUAGCGGGUGUCCCCUCCAGGUUAAGAAAGCCGAACCAGAGCCGGCCCGAGAGGAGGAGAAAAUGAUUCCUUCUAUCAAACCUGAAAUUCAGGCCAAGGCUCCGAGUAGUCUGAGUGAUGCUGUCCCCCAGCGAGCAGAUCACAAGGUAGUGGGGACCAUCGACCAGCUUGUGAAACGUGUCAUCGAAGGCAGCCUGUCUCCCAAAGAGAGAACUCUUCUCAAGGAGGACCCUGCUUACUGGUUUUUGUCUGAUGAAAAUAGCCUGGAGUAUAAAUACUACAAGCUGAAGUUGGCAGAAAUGCAGCGGAUGAGCCACAACUUGCGAGGAGCCGACCAGAAGCCGACCUCGGCAGAAUGCGCGGUGCGAGCCAUGCUGUAUGCCCGGGCUGUUCGCAACCUCAAGAAGAAACUGCUGCCAUGGCAGCGGCGGGGGCUCCUCCGUCCUCAAGGUCUCAGGGGUUGGAAGGCGAGGAGAGCGACCACUGGGACCCAGACUCUCCUAUCCUCAGGAACCAGGCUGAAACACCACAGCCGGCAGGCUCCAGGCCUCUCGCAGGCAAAGCCAUCCCUGCGAGACAGAAAUGAUGCUGCCAAGGAUUGCCCUCCAGACCCAGCCAGACCCUCUCCUCAGGACCCCAGCGCAGAAGCCUCAGGCCCAUCCCCCAAGCUAGCAGGAGUGGACAUCUCUGCAGCACCUCAGACCUCUUCUCCCUGCCCAUCUGCUGACAUUGAUAUGAAGACAUUGGAGACUGCAGAGAAACUGGCUAGAUUUGUUGCUCAGGUGGGACCAGAGAUCGAGCAAUUCAGCAUAGAAAACAGCACCGAUAACCCUGACCUGUGGUUUCUACAUGACCAAAAUAGUUCUGCCUUCAAAUUCUAUCGAAAGAAAGUGUUUGAACUAUGUCCAUCGAUUUGUUUCACGUCAUCUCCACACAACCUUCACACCAGUGGCCGUGACACCACAGGUUCUCAGGAGAGCCCGAUGGACCUCAUGGAAGGGGAAGGAGAGUUUGAAGGUGAGCCCCCUCCUCGGGGGGCUGAGCUGGAAAGCCUAGAGGUAAUGCCUGAGGAGGAGGAGGAGGAGGACGACGAGGAUGGCGGAGAGGAGGCCCCUGCUCCUGGAGGGGCGGGCAAGUCUGGGGACAGCACCCCUGCUGACGGCCUUCCCAUCGAGGCUGCCGAGGAUGACCUGGCUGGAGCACCUGCCCUGUCACAGGCCUCCGCAGGUACCUGCUUCCCCCGGAAGAGGAUCAGCAGCAAGUCAUUGAAGGUUGGCAUGAUUCCAGCUCCCAAGAGAGUGUGUCUCAUCCAGGAGCCGAAAGUCCAUGAACCAGUUCGAAUUGCCUAUGACAGGCCUCGGGGUCGUCCCAUGUCCAAAAAGAAGAAACCCAAGGACUUGGACUUUGCCCAGCAGAAGCUGACUGAUAAGAACCUGGGCUUCCAGAUGCUGCAGAAGAUGGGCUGGAAGGAGGGCCAUGGCCUGGGCUCCCUUGGAAAGGGCAUCCGGGAGCCCGUCAGCGUGGGAACCCCCUCGGAAGGGGAAGGGUUGGGUGCUGACGGGCAGGAGCACAAAGAAGACACAUUCGAUGUGUUCCGACAGAGGAUGAUGCAGAUGUACAGACACAAGCGGGCCAACAAAUAGGUACGUGCCCGAGCCGGUGCCAAGGUGGUUGCCCUUGCUGGCGUGCUGGUGUGUAUUCCAACUUCCCAGCAAAGCUGAUGGACCCUGCCCCCCAAAAAAUGCCACACAGACACAAAUCACUAAAUUCUGUAAGGGAAACGAAAGGAUCUCUGGAUGCCGAUAUGCCCCAUUCUUACCUUCCAGGUUUGCUGAAGGAGCAAACCUCACACUGGCCAAGGGCAGCUGCACGUGGCCUGCCUGGCCUCCCGGCUCUGAGGCCCCUGGGCCAGGCUCCGUGGAUGUGCGCAUGGACACAGGUCAUGCCUGUCUCCUCUCUUGCUCAAGUUUUCUCUCUCAGAUGAUGGCCGCCUACCACAUAACAUGACCAGCAAACAGACUGGUCCUAGUCCAGAGUGCCUUGCCAUUGUGCAAGUGGAAGGGUGACCGUGACAGCUGCUGCCACAGAGGAUGGCAGUUGGCUCUGUCCCUUUGUGAGGGUCUUCACAUCCUUUUCCUUCUGCAGGGCCUCGGGCCUGUAAAUAUCCUCAUCUUUCUACUCUUUAUUUUUUUUUUAGUUGCCCCUCUCACCUCAUUUCCAGCUCAGUUUUGAACAAAAUCGUUCUCUUCCUGAAUAGAUCAAAAGCACUGAUGAGAAAGAUAAGCUCUGAAGCAGCAAUUGCCCUUAAAACAGCAUCCCUGCCCUGGAUCGGCCUGGAGCCAGUGCCCAAGGACGGUUUGGUGUGUACGUGACAACACGUCUCUGCAGUCUCUGGGGCGGAGGUUUCGCUGGCUUUUCUUUCUCAAAGAAAAAACAUGCACCAUUUUCAAUGUGCUUUUGCCUGUCCUCUCUCUUCACAUGCUUUUAGCAGCAAGUCCCCUCCAAAUCUGUCUUGGUUCCCCUUCAGAAGGUGGCGCUGCCCCCGAAAGGCACCUCAGCCUGUGAGUGCUGAGGAUCCAGCCCCUCUGGCUGGUUUUCCAGUCGGACGGGCCACUGCUCUCCAGAAGUGCUCUGUUAGCAAACGUGAUGUGGAAACGAUCACAGAUGCUGUUUUCUCAUUAUUCUCCAGAAUUUAUACGGGGGAGACAAAUCGGUAAUUACCAAGUCUGCGCUCGGGUACCAAAGCUCUGAAGCUCUCUGAACAGUUGCCAUACUUCAUUUGAUGAAUGUGUUAUUCAUGGUGUCUCUUCUCCUCAAUGCAUCUUGAGAGACUUAAUGAAAUUUUAGCGACAGUAUAGAAUAGCUAUCUCGGGUGGAGAGUAAUCGUUAAACCUUGAAAUUGGCCCCAGAUUUACGGCGUCUCUUUAGAAUCAACAGUGUAAGCAAACCACAGUGACAAAGGGGUGGGGGUUGUAAGCCCUCCCAGACUCUGCACUUUUCGCACGUGUGGCUGCAUCAAGCGCUGUCUUAUUACAGCCUUUGUAAGGAGAGGCAGGCUCCUCCUGGGGUGGGCUCUGCAGCUGCUCUAUUUCCAGGCGUGUGAUCGCUGCCGCUCUCCAGAUUCUCCAGCACUCCACUGCCCAUAACUACUCAGUUCACUCAUUCUUACUCGUAAAGCAGCAGCAUUGAAGUUUUAAGUACAGGCAAAAAUCUGGAAAACUUAGGAUCCUCCUGACACCCCAGGAUUAGGGAGCACAGCAAUGGCUAGGGCAUCAGCCACAGAAUUGAGCGGGAAAUGCCACUUGUAUUGGCUGUGAAAAAUCCUGGCUUUGGCCAGGCAUAGUGGCGCAAGCCUGUAAUCCCAGCACUUUGAGUGGCCAGGGCAGGCGGAUCACCUGAGGUCAGGAGUUCAAGAUCAGCUUGGCCAACAUGGUAAAACCCUGUCUCUACUAAA